CACAGAGACGAGAGAAGAGUAAAGGAAGAAUCUGGCCAAACAGAACUGAAGAAGCCUCUUGAAUGGGGGAUGAAACAUCUUCAACAACCUUGGCCUUUUUUCAAGCUCUUGAGACUUUCACUAAAAACCUCAAGUGUUUCUCCUGAUUCGAAGGCACCAUGAACAACACAACAGACCUUAUAACUCAUCCAGAUUUGUGGCUCAACAUGACGGCUGUGUCUCAGAUCAAGUAUCACCUAAUGAAACCAAAGGGGGUGGCUAUUGCAGUUGUGGCCCAGUAUGGCAUCAUGCCUCUUACAGCCUUUUGCUUAGCUAAGGUGUUCCAGUUCGGUGAUAUAACAGCUGUGGUUGUUCUGAUCUGUGGCUGUUGUCCUGGAGGAGCUCUCUCCAACACCCUGACUCUGGCUCUGCAGGGAGACAUGAACCUCAGCAUUGUGAUGACCUCCUGUUCUACGUUGCUGGCUCUGGGUAUGAUGCCUCUCCUGCUCUUCCUCUACUGUCAGGGCUUCCCCAACAUGCAUAACACUGUGCCUUAUGUUGAAAUUACUGUAUCGUUGGUCAUGAUGCUUGUGCCAUGUGGCAUCGGCAUCCUCAUCAACGCCUACAGGCCGCAGUACUCGAAGAUGAUCACAAAGGUAGGCAUCACUAUAAUGGUGAUUUUUGGUGUGGUGACCUUAACUUUAACUAGCAUUGGAUUAGGAGGCAUCAUCGUGGCUCUGCUGUCUCCUCCACUUUUGGCCACCGCUGCUCUCAUGCCUUUGAUAGGCUACUCCUUUGGAUAUAUCAUCUCUGCAAUCUUCAGACUCAGCCAGGUGGAGCGGAGGACCAUUUCUAUGGAAACAGGCUGUCAGAAUAUCCAGCUGUGCACCACCAUAUUGAAGAUAGCCUUCCCCCAGGAAGUGAUAGGCCCUCUGUUUCUGUUCCCAACAGUCUACGUAUUGCUUCAGCUGUUGGAAGCAGUGGUAAUCUUCACACUGUUUAGGUGCUACAAAAGGCUUACAAGAGAGGAUACAG